CAGCUCCACUGCCACAUAGCCAAGACAUGAAAGAACUUUUGAGGAGCAGGACAGACUGCAAAGGUGACAAGAAACACUUGAAAUGCUCUGAAAAAGACUUAACGUAUGUGGGAGCACACACAAAUGAAGACAAUUUUAUUUGCUCCGUUUGUGGCGAAAGCUUUACCGAGGCAGAUAGGAUUAGGCACAUGAAAACACACAGCAGAGAUAAAGUUUUUGGCUGUUCCGUUUGCGGUGAAACAUUUGCAGAAAAGGUCGCUUUGAUCGUACACAAAGUAACGCACACGGCAGAAAAUCCUUUCACUUGCUCAGUUUGCGGCAAGGUAUAUUUGAUCAAAGACUAUUUGAAUAAACAUAUGAGAACGCAUACAGGAGAAAAACCUCACAGUUGCUCAGUUUGUGGUGAAAGGUUUGCUCACAAGGCCACUUUGCUAGCGCACACAGCGACACACACAGGAGAAAAACCUUUCACUUGCUCAGAUUGUGAUAAAAACUUUUCGUAUAAGUCCGAUUUGACUAAGCACAUGAGAACACACACAGGGGAAAAACCCUUUAGUUGCUCGGUUUGUGGCGAGAAAUUUGCUCGCAAGGUCUCUUUAAUUGCGCACACAGCCACGCACACGGGAGAAAAACCUUUCACUUGCUCAAUUUGUGGUGAAACUCUCUCGUAUCGCCACAGUUUGAACGCACACAUGCGGAUGCACACGGGAGAAAAACCAUUUACUUGCUCAGUUUGCAGUGAAAGUUUUGCUCGAAAAGAAAAUAUGGUUGCACACAUGAGAAGACACACGGGAGAAAAACCUUUUACUUGUUCGGUUUGUGGGAAAAACUUUUCUCACAAGUCCGCCAUGAGUAGACACAGGAAGGCACAUGCGGAUGAAAAACCUUUCACUUGCUCAUUUUGCGAUGAGAGCUUUUUAAAGAGGUCCAGUUUGACGGCACACAUGCGUAAACAUAACGGAGAAUAAAUGCUUUCCUCCCAUGUUUGUGCUCAAAGAGGUGGACAUAACAGUCGAUUUCAGCAGUUGUUUAGAAUUGAUCAGUUGUGUGAUGAUUGAAGUGAAAAUGGAAAGCACCAUUCAGAGCAACUUUAAUCUGACCCGUAUUUAUAAAUCCGUUUUAAAAUAAUAGUUAAAAAUCAUAUUUUGGUUUGUAUUGUUUUCUGUUAACUUUACGACACAUUACUAUGUUAUCAUAUUGAGUGUUUUGGAGUCUGAUUUGGGUUCUUGAUUUUAAUUUGUUGUUGCUAUAUUUUGUUUUAUUAAUUGUCAGUCAUAUGUUUUGUUUGUGUUGGUCACAAUCUUUGCAAUAAAGAGGAGACUGCUCACAUUCGGA